AUGCAGUCAUAUCGCCAAUACCGCGCCCUGGAAAGUGCUGUCCGGAAACAGCUCGAGGUUUGCCCCGAUUGGAAACAGAGGGUCAUAGGACAAGGUCUUGGAAGGAGCCAGCAGCAUCAAGCACCCACUGAGGUGCUCUUGAUGCCGGGGAUCAAACUGAUCUAUCAUACCGACAACCAUGGCGGCUCGCAGCCAGUGUUUCUCGUCGACUGGGAAAGCGAACACGAUCCGCUUAAUCCACGGAAAUUCAGCCUUCGCACCAGGAUAAUGGCCACGCUGAAUGUAUCUGCCCUGGCAUUUGCGGUCAGCGCAUCGUCAUCUAUCGAGUCCGCUGUCCUUGCUCAAAGCAGCGCCGAGUAUCAUGUUAGCGAGGUAGUCGCUUCGCUAUUCACCGCAAUCUUCCUCCUCGGCUUCGCUGCCGGCUCGCUCGUCUCCGGACCUCUUUCCGAGAUCCUAGGCCGCAACGCGGUCUACACGAUCUCUACUUCGCUCUUCAUGCUCUUCAUAAUGGGCUCUGGCCUCUCACCGAACAUUUCCGCCAAGCUGGUCUGUCGCUUUCUGGCUGGGGUAUGUGGUUGCCCGCCGCUGACUUGUGCCGGUGGCACGGUAGCCGAUAUCUGGGAUCCGCUGGAGAAGACACUAAGCUUUCCAGGCUAUGCCAUUCUCUCCUUCGGAGGUGCAAUCCUAAGCCCGGUGGUCGCGUCGUAUAUGGGUCAAAAGACACUGUCAUGGCGCUGGGUGAACUGGAUUGUGUUGAUUAUGGCAGGCCUGGUUCUCAGUCUCAUUGUGUUCCUCCAGCCGGAGACGUUUGGCCCCCUGCUUCUGCGAUGGAAGGCCAAACACCUGCGCCAGAUUACAAGGUGA